AUGCCUUGUCAAACAGUUGUCAUUAUUGGCGCGACUGGCUCCCAGGGUGGAGCUGUCGCCAUGGAGCUUCUUAGUUAUCCAGACAGCUAUCAUGUCCGAGCCCUUACUCGCGAUCCUUCAAAGCCGGCCGCCAAAAACCUGGCUCACUUUGGGGCGGAGCUGUACACUGCUGACCUGGAUGGUGGUCGUGAAAUGCUCGCAUCCGCGUUCUCAGGCGCUGACAUCAUAUAUGCAAUGACUGACUUCUGGCAGACACAGUCUACUGAUGUCGAAAUUGCGCAGGGAAAGGCAAUCGCUGAUCCUGCUGCCCAGACUAGCACAGUGAAGCAUCUUAUUUGGAGUGCCCUUCCUGACCCUGUGAAGCUCUCAAAUGGCCAAUUCCUUAAUGUCCAUCACUGGAAGGGUAAGAGCUUGGUGACAGAAUAUAUGCAGAAUGAACAACCCGCUCUUUGGGCGAAGACGACCAACAUCCUCUUCCCAAACUACUUUGAAAACUGCUUGACUACUCCCGACCGAUAUCUCCCAGUCAAGGACACCUCGGGGACUUACCGUCUCACCUUCCCGCACAGUCUACAAACUGUGAUGCCUAAUGCCGCUAUCGCUGACACUGGCAAGCUUGUGCGUGCCAUCCUUGAGGCCGGCUCACGCUAUUUGGAAAAGACCGUUGCUUUUUACAGUGAGGCCUUAUCAGAGGCAGAAAAGCUAGCUAUCAUUGGAAAGCGCUAUAAUGUCCCAGUUCAGUACCAGCAAGUUGGCUCUAGCGAGUUCCAGAAGAUUCUUCAAUCUCGUGAUGGCUUAUCUGAGGAGAUUGCUCUCGAUUUCACAGAGCAGUUGAUGAUCUUCGAGAAAUGUGGCAAUGUCUACGCAAAUAAAGAUUUCGUGCAAGCAAACGAGAUCCCUGGUUUGAAGCUCCAAACCUGGACCGAGUUCCUGGCCAAGAACCAACUGCGACUAGACAGAGAUAUAGCCCCUGGAUCAUACAGCGUGAUUCGGAGUUUCCGCGAUGCAAUUGGUGCAAGCAUCACAGCUUGGCCUGUACUUACAAUGGAGUCUCCAGACAAACUCGGACAAGGUAUGACAGAUAAGAGCAGACACAUCCCUGUCCUCCACCACUUCGCCUGGUCACGCUUUUCUCAGGCUUCCAACUGA